GUUGAAGAUACGUUUCCCAGACAAGUUGGUAUCUCUUGUUCUGAGAGUACAACCACCAACAAACAUCAAAGGACUACCAUUGAUAUUGAUCACAUGGCGCACCCAACGUCGUUCCGGCUCACUGCCCGGGCGGCAGUGAUAUACGCACCACGUGCACAAGGGCGGAAAAUCAAACGAGAUCUCAAGGGCGAUCCGGCGCAAAGGGAGGACCAAGGAACUGGACAGACCCAUGCUGUCCUCCGGCUUUCCAUGGAAAUGCGCUCUGCCAUUGUUUUGUUCGGACACCCUUCUUUUGUUUACUGCUUUGCUGGCUUGCCUGGAACUGGGAAAUCCACCCAGGUGCAAAAAUGAACGAGCACCAGGAUGUCCUCCUCAGGCUUCGACUCCCACUGCUUCGAACACGACCAUGCUCAAUGCCCCAAGUCCUCGAUCAUCAACCUUGACGAGAAUGCCCUCAGGCAGAUUGUGGCGCGAACUUGAUAUUCCAUGCUAUCCAAGUGAGCCUCUCCUUGGAGUACGCGAGAGUCUAAGAAUCGAAGAUAGGGUGUUCUACCUCAAUCACGUGGUACCGGAGUCUCUCCAUCGCUUGACAAGUACGUCCAUAACGGCAAAUAGCUACCACAUCUCUCGUCACGCCUUCGCCGCAAAUUCCAGACAUGGUCGGCCACAGCGGCACAAGGACCAGGCAAAAGGUCAUUGCCAUAGAUCUGUUCCUCUCCUACGAGGCUCAAGGACGGCAACCUGCGCCCCUACCCUCGGCGCCGUUGGCGGCCACAAACUGGACCACUGCUCAGCAGGCUCGAUGGGCAACAGCUAGAUGCGGCGAAGAAUGGGAUGAUGGUGUCCGGGGACUAAUCGGCGCGAACAAGAAGAACACCGAGCUCACACGUCAGCGACAUGACAACAUUCCAUACGAUCAACUGAACGAUAAUAACCUACCAGCCUUCUUCAGAAGAUUAACCUGCAGUCAAGCGGGUGACCACGAAGCACGAUAAGUGCCGGAAAGGUGAAGAACUU